AUGACUGCAGAAGAAAGUAUUGCCGCCCCAGAGAUCAUCCGAGAAGAAUGUCGGGUGGUCUCUGGCCCUUUUGCGAUUGGGGUGCAAGUCUUCCUGGCCGCCAUGGUGUUGGCGACGCUGCUUUACAAGCGCUACCAGGAGCACCCUCCACGAUCAUGGCUUGUUUGGUUGAUGGACAUUUCCAAGCAGGGGUUUGCCAUGAGCCUGCAGCACUUCGUCAAUGUGGCGUUGGCGGUCAUCUUUGCCUCCACGGAGGGCAUGGCUGGCGAAUGCGUGUGGUACAUUAGCAACUUUAUGAUCACCGUUGUGGGAGGACUUAUCGUUCUGACACUUUGGAUGCGAUUUCAUCGCAUUGUCGUCGCCAGAUACCAGCUGACAUGGCUUCAGAGUGGAGAGUACGGCGACCCACCGAAGAUUCCGAUUUGGCUCGCGCAGACCACAUACUGGGGUUUUGUCUGCUGUCUGGAAAAAUUCACGGUGGCGGGAUUGGUCAUCUACCCCUUUCACCACCGCAUCGAUGCACUGAUUGCUCCGCUUGAGACGCCCUUCAAGUCGUAUCCCAAGACGGAGCUCGUCCUUGUGAUGGUCAUUGCCCCUAGUGUUCUCAAUCCGAUUUGGUCGUGGAUCAUUGACAAUCUUGUCAAGGACCCGCGCUAUGGUCGCGACGACAUACAACAAGAAGAGCCCCUGAAGCACAGUCACUACGGCACUGUUCAGUCGGAAUGCUGA